AUUCGCAUUUCGCUAUCUCACACGCUGUACGCUGAUGCCUGGUCUAUACCAUAGUCCGUCUACGCCUAAAUACAAACUGGUAUAUCACAUGUAAUUUCAGUAUUUUUAGUUUAUGCUGCUGUUAUCUAAACUCAAGACAACAGCAAUUUUGUUUUUAGAUAUCUACAAAAUGAAGCACAAAAUAUUGGAACUUUAUAGUGGUAUUGGAGGAAUGCACUGUGCAUGGAAGGAUUCAGGUUUAGAGGGUGAUAUAGUAGCUGCAAUAGAUAUUAACACAGUUGCAAAUGAGGUUUAUCGUGAAAACUUCCCUGAUACAUACCUAAUAACUAAAAACAUUCAAUCAUUAACAGUGUCAGAGAUAAACAAGCUUGAAGUUGAUACAAUUCUGAUGUCUCCACCAUGUCAACCAUUUACAAGGAAUGGCAAAUAUCUUGAUGAUAGUGAUCCAAGAACAAAUUCUUUCCUUUAUAUAAUUAGCAUUUUAAAAGAAUUAGUAAACAUUGAAAAUAUUUUAAUGGAAAAUGUUAAAGGCUUUGAAUGUUCCACAGUUAGAAAAUUAUUUAUCGAUAAAUUAAAAGAAUGCAACUUUGACUAUCAAGAGUUCCUUUUAUGUCCCAGUCAAAUUGGAGUGCCGAAUUCAAGACUACGGUACUACUGUUUAGCAAGAAGAAAGUCAUCCAAGUGGCACUAUAAAAGGAAAGAAGAAAUUAUAUCUGAACCACCAUUUGAAUCUACAUCACUAUUUCCUCUACGGGAUAUCUUAGAGAAAACUGUGCUUGAGGUGUAUUACUUGAAUGACAAAGUAUUGAAAUGGGGAAAAGUUUUGGAUAUAUGCUAUAAAGAUUCAAAGAGGUCUUGUUGUUUUACCAAGGCAUAUUCCCAUUAUGUGGAUGGAACUGGUUCAGUUUUUACUGAAAUGAGCCCAGAAUUUGUAAAAAAUUGUUACUCUGAAGCAAAUAAGUUUGACAUUGGAAGUGAUGAAUAUAUCGCAAAACUCAAGGAGCUAAAAUUAAGAUUCUUCACCCCAAAAGAGGUUUUGGCAAUAAUGAUGUUUCCUAAAGACUAUGUCAUACCUGAUGGCACUACUAUGAAACAAAGUUACAGAUUAAUAGGGAAUAGUGUUAAUGUUAAAGUAAUAACUGAACUAUUGAAAGUUUUAUUUAUAUAGCUAUAUGCUUUCAAAGCUGAUUAUUUAGUAAUUUUUUAUAUUUGACAUAUUUAUUAAUAAAAAUCAGUUGGAAAAAGUAGUGCUAAAUAAACAUGGACAACAGAAAAACAAAUAUUACGUCUCCUAAUACAGAAACCGCACUCUGAGGUCUCAUUUUGCCUCUCAUGCUUUAUGCUCAUGUGUCAGUUAAAAUAAAUGUAAUUAAAUUGUUCCAUUAGCAAGAA